AUGCCAGUGGUGAAGGGAAAACUGCUGGGGAAACCCUUUGAACAAUUAAAGUUGCAAAAGGCUAUAUCAGAUAGUCCGUUAAAGAACUUGACAGAAGGCUGGCAGGAGAAGCUGGAGCUUCAAGCCGAGAUAGAUAACCUUCAAACGGAGACAAACAGGCUUGCAGAGAAAACUGCCAAUUAUUUCACCCACAGGAAACAGUAUGAGGUAUGGUACAAGAAAUUAGAAAGAGAGAAAAAUAAGUAUGAGGAGAUGUUUAGACAAGAUCAUGAGAAGGAAGAAAAUUUGGAAAAAUGCAAAAACAAAACAUACACAGCAGCGUUUAAAAUGGAAGAUAUUGAAGUUGCUGAGAAGACAAAUAACUGUGUAGCAGCAAGAGAAUUUGGUGUUUUGGAGAAAUUUGUCUAUGCACUAGGGGGCAGCAGGGAUCGUUCCCCACACAAAGAUGGCGUCCCACAGUUUACCCACGCUACCACGGUAAGAUGGCGGCACCGAAUCGUCAUUCCCCUGCGCCACGGGCUUAAAGGAGGACCCGGGUCGCUCGCCUUGUUGGGCUUUUUGGGGGUCAUUAGUGGUUUGGUUGUGUCCGGUGGUUCUACAAUGAUGGGCUCGGCCCGAGGCGGGGUCCGCGGUGGACAAGAUCAGUUCACCUGGGAGGAGGUGAAGGCAGAUAAACACCGAGAGAAUUACCUGGGAAAUUCGUUGAUGGCUCCAGUUGGACGAUGGCAGAAAGGAAAGGACCUCACCUGGUAUACGAAGGAAAAGAAAACAGAGGGGACACAGUCUCGUAGUGAGGAGUUGAUGGCUGUACGGAGAGCUGAGCACGAAGCCCUAAUGGCAGCACUAGGGCACAAGAAUCCUAAAAGGAAACCCACUGGAAUAACGAAAGAAGAACUGUUAGAGGUUUGUAAACGUGAUACUGCGGAACCAGACAGCAAGGAUGUUGACAGAGUCCUUGGACUUGGCAGUUCCAGUGGCACUGCUCCCAGAAUGAUGCUGACUAGAGAGGACCGUGAGGCAGCUAAACUUGGACUGGCUGUUUUUACGCACCACAAAUCUGAUGAUACCAGCAAGUCAUCAAGCCAGAAGCGGAAAUCGGAGCCACAGGGUGGAGAGCCUGAGACCCUAAAUCUGUUGAUCCCAAACUCUAGGUUUGAGGGCCAGAAACGACACAAGAAACAAAAAAUCAGCAAAAAGAAGAAGAAAAAGGAAAAAAGGAGCAAAAAGCAUAAGAGCCGAACGAAGUCAUCACUGCAGGCGUCAAGCCAUCGAGAUAGAAGAUACCAUUCAUCUGAACAGAAGAUACACAGACAACAGCACAUGGAUUCUUCUGGGGGUAGUGGAACCUCUAAUCAUCACCCUGGAUCGCUGUAAAAAGGUCAACAGUCAGCAGGCAAAGAAUGAAGAUCAGUGUUUGACUCUUAGGUGGCAUAAGAAAUAUUGAACUUAAUUUGCAAACCAUGUUUGCAGAUGUGAAGCAUUUGUACAAUAUUCUUGUCUUAAAGCUGUAGCAGUGUAAAUAUUUAUGCACACAUACAAUGAAACAAAUUAAAAACAAGUCAUUUCUGUAGCCACUACUGGUCAAUCACAAGAAAAUGAAAGUAUUGUUUUCAUCCUGGUUGUGUCAAUGGGUACAAUGAUUUGCUUCAAUAGCAACACAGCUGAGCCUGAGAGCUUUACUUAAAUGGUAGUGUACAGUUUGAACAAUUAGUUCAAAAAAGUGUCAUUUUUACCCCACUGUAUGUUACUUAAUUUAAAAAAUGCUAGGCAAGUGCAGGAGCAAAAAUUAAGGAAUCUUAGAUUUUAUUCUAACAGCUUUAAUUACAGUGCUCAAAAUAAAUUGAAACAAGUAUACAAAACAUUUGAUUAGUAGUGUGUGUAAUGAAGGAUUAACUUCACAGCAAUAACCCAUCCUGAUCAGACCCAGGUAUUACUGUCCAUACUUCUCAGUCUUAACUAAGGAAAGGAGGGAAAAAAAACUGCUGGCAAACCAGGUCCUUGCAGUAUUCAUGUAGCAGGUGGCUGGGUCUUGCCUUGAGCUCCAGACAUUCAAUGUUACAGCAGGAGGGAAAAGAACAGGAACGGAUGGCAACAGGUCUUUGCUCUACAUCCAAAAAAUGGAAUGACUCAGAUGUAGUUUCAACACUAAAAGUUGGUGGGGUGGGGUGGGGAAAGAGGAUUUAGGUGCAUUCACUGGACAUUGCUAUCUGGUAUACACUACCUAAGGGGACAAGCUAACAGAAGCCAAAAAGUUCUUUUCAUCUGACCCAACGGUGCCUGCAUGCUGUGGUCAGUUUACAGUUACUCAGGUGAGCCAGGAGGCAGAAGAGAAGAAUCAGCACAACUCCAGAAUUAAACAAGUUAUUAUAAAACUAGACACUUGGCUCAUGGUGUCUUUUCACUUCAAUGGUUCAAGAAUUGUUGCUAAUAGUCACUGACUUCCUCUUCCCUAAUAAUUCAUGAUAUCAAAACUAAUUUUAAAGUGACCUGCAAUUCAUGUGAAUGUCCAGCACACAAAUAAUUAACUGCUAUCUGCUCAUUUUAAAGUAAGCUAUUUGAAAAUUGGAUUUCAAAUUAUUCAGAAGGCAGAAAGGUGGGUUAGAAUAUUUUAUUCUGAUUUCAAAUCCAGCCUGCAUAGGUCUAGGAAAGGGAUACUUUUGCAACUGCUGAGAAUGACUCGCAGGACAGUGCGAGAGAAAUGGAACUGAUAAAUCACUUCAAAAAUGUAUGUCAGAAUUAAGAAAAAAAAAUCAAAUUAGUCCUUCACUCCCAAAAUCCCAAACGUGGGCAAGGAGGAAAACAAGUUGAACAAGUGUAAGGACACAUGCAAGCUUCCCUCCCUCCAUCAAAAAGCCAUACCCCACACCUUGGAACCUUGUUCUAGAGUUAACAAGUGAAAUCUGCUAACAUAUUUUGCAGUGCAAUGCACUUUUGGGAGGACAGACACCUCCCACUUCUAAUCUAUUUGUAUAUCCCUUUCCUACACUUAAUAUUUACACGUCAGUUUUACACGUCAGUUUUAACCUUCAAAAGAAGGGAAAACAAAGAACAACCAUGAGGGUAAAUAUUGCAUAGGAGUAGCAAGAAGCUGCCUCAUUACAAAAAGGGACGAUAUAUACACAUUUUAAAUAAGAAACCACAUAUUUCCUUUCAUGUCAGCACUUCUCACCCAUACAAUAUGAUGUUAUAGUUCGUGAUUGGAUGUAAUGAAGCAGGUUCCUGGCACCCAAUACCACAAAGUAGCAGUUUGCCACACUACAUAAUGAAGCAGGAAGGAGGGACAGGCAGGAAGGGGAAGGAGGAAGGGAAAAAAUUAAUUAUUUGUUGCUUUUAAGCUGGCUGGACAGCCAGUCCAGUCCUUCAUACAGGCCAUCUCCACUGGUUGCACAGGUUGCCUGAAUGAACCAGGUCCUUUGACGGAGUUGAUGCAGACCUAGUUUAUCUGUGAUCUCUGCAGCAUUCAUUGCAUUCGGCA